AGAAGCGGGGAGUUUGAUGAUGUUUCCUUCGAAAAGUGUUCGUUGGGUUCAAUGCUGGGCAUGUUUCUAAUUUUAGCUGAAAUUGCAGACCUUAGUAUGACCAGGUGCGCGGUUAGUAUUUAGUUGGAUCUAAUCUGGAUUACUAUCCAAAGAGAUGCAGUUCGACUGUGCGACACAAAGGUGGAUCGUUAUUCAACAUGGCAAUUAAUGGAGAACAGGAGGCUCUGAUUAGCCAGAUGUUCGAAUCCUAUAUCACAGAGUAUCAUCAAGAGGACGUUAUCAAGCUCAGUGCAGCCUCCAGUGACGACAGUCAUCAGCCUGUUGUUAUCAAUGCUAUGACAUUGUUCGAAGCUAAUAUGGAGAUUGGUGACUAUUUCAAUGUUUAUCCCAAUGAUGUCCUGACAAUAUUUGACAAUGUUUUGCAAAAAACAGCCAUUGAGUUGUCAAAGAAGGCCUCUGUUGAGCAUUUGGAUGGACUAUGCCCAAAAGAGCCAAGAAUGAAAAACACCCUCCAUGCACGUAUCACAGGUCUACCAGUUUGUCCAGAGCUCACCAGGGACACAAUUCCCCGGUCCAGGGAUGUUGGGCAUUUCUUGUCUGUCACUGGGACUGUUAUACGUACCAGUGUUGCCAAGGUCCUGGAAUAUGAGCGUGAUUACAUGUGUACCAAAUGUCGUCAUGUAUUCGUGCUGCAAGCAGACUUUGAGCAGUUCUAUUCCUUUGUCCCACCGGUGGCCUGUCCCAAUCCUGAUGGCUGUAACUCAUGCAAGUUCAGCUGUCUGUCUGGAGGCUCUGAGCCUGCUGCCUGCAGGGAUUACCAGGAGAUCAAAAUACAAGAGCAAGUGCAGAGGUUGUCAGUGGGAAGUAUUCCUCGUUCUAUGGUUGUGGUUCUGGAGGAUGACCUUGUGGACAGGUGUAAGUCAGGAGAUGAUAUGACGGUUUAUGGAGUGAUGUGCCAGCGCUGGAAACCUUUUUAUGAUGGUUCUCGCUGUGAUGUGGAGCUGGUUCUCAAAGCCAACAACAUAGAAGUCAACAACCAGCAGGGUGCUGCUUCUUUACUGAUAGAGGAUGUUCAAAGGGAAUUUAACGAAUUCUGGGAGCACUACAAAUGUGAUCCAAUAGCUGGCAGGAACCAGAUCUUGUUGAGUCUGUGCCCUCAAGUGUUUGGCAUGUAUGUGAUUAAACUGGCCGUUGCCAUGGUGUUAGCUGGAGGAGUGCAGAGAAUAGAUUCGUCUGGAACCAAGACCAGGGGUGAAUGUCACAUGUUGCUCGUUGGUGACCCCGGUACAGGCAAGUCUCAGUUCUUAAAAUAUGCAGCUAAGAUGAUGCCUCGCUCUGUGCUCACUGCUGGAAUUGGUUCAACAAGUGCAGGACUGACUGUUGCAGCAGUGAAGGAUGGAGGUGACUGGCAUCUGGAGGCAGGAGCCCUAGUACUCUCAGAUGGUGGUUUAUGCUGCAUUGAUGAAUUCAACAGCAUCAAGGAACAUGACCGCAUCAGUAUCCAUGAAGCUAUGGAGCAACAAUCCAUUAGUGUGGCCAAAGCUGGUAUGGUCUGUAAGCUGAACACUCGUACUACCAUUCUGGCAGCUACCAACCCAAAAAGCCAGUAUGACCCAAACGAAUCACUGUCUGUUAAUAUAGCAUUGGCUAGCCCUUUGCUAAGUCGGUUUGACGUGGUCAUGGUUCUGCUGGACAACAGAAAUGCAGACUGGGACCGCAUCAUCUCUUCUUUCAUACUGGAGGAUAGAGGACUGGCCUCUGAGAGCUCCACACUAUGGUCCAUGGAGAAAAUGAAGGCGUAUUUCUGUCUAAUAAAGCGUUUGCAGCCCCAGGUGUCGGCAGAGGCCAACUCCAUCUUAUCAAGGUACUACCAGCUGCAAAGACAAAGUGAAGGCCGCAGUGCUGCACGCACAACUAUCCGCAUGCUGGAGAGUCUCAGCAGACUGGCUGAAGCUCACGCUAGACUCAUGUACAGAGAGACUGUGACAAUAGAGGAUGCUGUUAUGGCCGUCUCUGUAAUGGAGUGUUCCAUGCAGGGUGGUGGUUUGCUUGGAAGUGUAAAUGCAGUGCUUACUUCAUUCCCUGAUGACCCUGGUCAGCAGUAUCAGACACAGUGUCAGGUACUGUUAGAAGGACUGAGCCUGCCCCACUUACUUCAGAAGGAGAGGGACAGAUUGCUCAGGAUUGGGAGCAGCAGCAUCGAGGCUUCCAGCUCUGAGCUUCCAACUGAUCACCACCAGGAUCAUUUUAGAGAAACAGGCUCUUUCAGCAAAACACAAUCUGACAUACCAAAGAACUGCAAGAGUGGUGCUGACCAGGAGAGUGGUUUGAAUUGGUUUUACUCCAUCAUGGCUUCUCGAUCAUCAGAUGAAAUCACCUCUCCAGUAUCCUCAUCAACUCAACUGGACAGCAGUCAGAAACCACACUUCAAUUCGUCAACUAACAUCAGCUCUCCAGUAAACCAAAAUCUUAAUUCAAAUACUGGUGGGACAGUCACUGUUACCGCUGAGGAAAGUGGAAUAAUCAGAGAAAAUUGUCCUGAAGCUCAAGAGAAUCGAAAGGGAUCUGACAAACAUCAUGCUCAGCCAUCAGGGAGUGUGAUACAGAAAGUCUCAAAAAAUCUACGAGAGAGAAGAGUCAAGGAGCUGCAAGCUGACAAAGGAGGGAUUGGAAUUGGAGAAAGUGUGCUCUUUGGGAAUAAUGCAAUUAAAGAUGUUACCAUGUUCGAUUCAACUAACAAUACACACAUGCAUAACAAAAUUCAGGGUAACCAAGGGUGUCACACAGCAAAUAAAACCAUUAGCACUGUGCUACAAGACAAGAGGGCAGCUUCAGUUGAAACAGAUGAAAAUAUUUUCAAGUUUUCGGACUUUACAUUUAAACCAAGGAAGAUGAGACCAUUAGUCCACAAUGGCAGCAACAAUUCGCAUGUGAGCACACCCGAAUGUGACCUAGACGGCAGGAAUCAUACAAACAGAGCAGACAUUAUACAGGUUGACAUUCGUGAUACGGCCAAUGGUGCACUUACAGAAAAUAAAGAUGGAAAAAAUCUAACACACAAAAAGUACACGUGUCUUGAAGAUGGAGGCAUGAAAAAACAGGUGAGCUGUAUCAGCAAUAAAGCCACUUUGUGUUUUCCAUCAGAAAAGCUGGAUAAGGAGAAGCUGACACAAGCACGAACUGGUUCUAGAAUAAACCAGAGAGAUGACAGAGAGAGCCUGUGCGAAGAUAUUGCUGGGAGUAAAGAUUUAUUUACACCUUUAAAACCUACUUCAAGCCCCACAAAAUCAACAGCCAACCCCCCAAUUUUUGGUAAUCUCUCAAGAUUCUCUUUCGGUGGCACAACUGAACCCACAACCAGACGACAGACAGACCUAGAAAAUAAUCAUCAAACUGUAGUGUGCAGCGAGGUAAAGGCUGUGUCAUCUUCGCUGAACUCGGAGCAUCCACGUAUUUUGGAACAUGGCCCAGCAACAACUGCUAAAACAAUGUCCAAUUAUAGUACAAAACUAACAGAACCUACGAAUGCUGGACUACAUGGUUUAACAAUUGUUGAAGAUAAGACCACAAUAUUUCAGAAUCCUGGCCAAAUUAAGAGGAAGUGUUUUGAAAUCAACCCUCCAAGAAGUGCUCCCUGUGGUUCAAAAGGUGUGUUUGUCAACACAUCUCUGUUUGGCUCUGGUGAGUUAAAUGAUGACAUUCUUGACACUGACUGGGACAAAGAGGUAGCAAAGAAAGCCAGAGUGUGAUAUUAUGGCGAACAGCACCUGUCUGAAAUAAAGAAAAAAGAGACAAAAGAUUAUUUUGUAAGUUAUGCAGUAGUUGGUCACUAGAUGGAAACCUUGAUCCACUGUAAAUCCUGAAUGUUCCAGUCUUGCUGUUUUACACAGCCUGUGUUGCCAGGACUAUUCGACUUGCCUGUCUUCGUUUCAAUUAUUGUACCUGUCUGUCCUCUACCAGUGGAUUUAUUUACUUUAAUGCUAAUUCACUGAUAUUGUACUCUAGCAUUUAUAUAUUUUUCAAAUAACUGCACAAAGGCUAGUUCUUCUGAUAAAUCAAAGUAGGUAGAAAGUAUUUUAUACCCUCAGUGCCCUACAUCUGUGUUUGUGUUAAUCUGGGUCAAAUGAUUAGUUAUUUUAAGUAUCUUGAGGUAGAUCUUGAAUUUAUCCUAUAAAUGCCCAACGUAAAGCUUGGCCUGUAAUUUUCAAACAAAGAAUUGACUUUUGCAUUUCCACUUUAUAUCGAAGCCAUGGUGAAUUUAAAAGGAAUGUCUGGGCCAUCACUGUGGAGCUAUGUUGACAGUGGUGGUCUAAUGGGAUUUGGAUUGUUGUAUUACAUCAAAAGAUGUCACCAACUCCUUUAAAAUGGCAGUAAUUAGGGCUUUCUUUAACACAAGGGAGAUUAUGGAGUGGGAUUAAGGGUACAGUACUGUAUAUUGAAACCUCUAAUGUGACACACACAGUGAAAUCUAUGUCAAACUGUGCCUGAAAAUUUAUUCUAGAAC